AUGGCAAAGGGUGACGCCGCGAAGUUGUUCCUGCACAUCCUGAACGGAGUGAUAGUGGUCCUGAGUUUGGCCCUCGCGGCGGCGGCCAUCUGGUUCUUCUGCCAGGUGAAAGAGCUCACCACACUGCGGAACAGCAACCACUACCUCCUGGACUACAACGUGUACUGGCCCCAGGCGGUGCCGUGGGUCUUCCUAAUCGUCAGCGUGAUAGUCGUGGGCGUCACGGCGUGCGGAUUCUCCGGCGCGAGGAACGGCAGCCGCACCCUCCUGCUGGUCUACAUCGCGUGCCUUUCCACGGUGGCCGUGCUGCUCGUGACCGUCUCCGUGCUCUCAUUGGUGUUCGCCGACAACAAGACCACGGACGACUUCAUCAAGGACACCGUGUGGGACGUCUACUUCCAGUCGAAGACGGACAACGACGUCGCCAGCUCGUUCGGCAACAUCGAGAGGAAGCUGCACUGCUGCGGCGCCGAGAGCCCGCGCGACUACAAGAACUGGAAGUCCGAGUUCCCCAACUCCUGCUGCGACGUGUACUACCGCGGCUUCCUCGACCCGUACAGCAUCGAGUGCGAGUUCACGAACAAACUGGCCAACGAACGCUACGGCUGCUCGACGGUGGCCGCGCAGUACGCGAGGAUAACGAUCAAAGUUCUGUCCGCGGGCGCGAUCUUCAUUGCAUUCAUCUCGGUGAUCGCUAUUGCCAUCGCUUUGACCUUGACGAGGGUGCCCGCGAGACGGCCCAAGGAAAUGGUCGCCCAGUACGAGUCGGAGAGCAAGAAGGUGCUGUUG